AUGAACUUAAGAUCCCUCGCCCUACUCCUCACUGCUACCGCAAUCCCUCAGGUCGUAGUCGCAGGUCCGCUUGCCUACGCUAUUUGUCAGACAGGAUGCAAUGGCCUGGCUGUCGCUUGCUACGCCGGUGCCGGGUUCACAUUUGGGGUCGCACUCCCUGCAGCACCUCCUGUGCUGCUUGCGUGCAAUGCGGCCCUUGGGGGGUGUAUGGCGGCUUGUGCCGUGGUUGCGCUUACACCCACUCCCUGA